ACUCGGGCGCGAAGCCAUGGCCCGCAUGGCCCAGUCGGACGUCCUCAUUUCGGGCAUGGGAGGCCUGGGUGUUGAGAUCGCCAAGAACAUCAUCCUGGCCGGCGUCAGGUCUGUCACCAUUCAUGAUGAGGCAGUGUGCACCGCGGGGGACCUCUCGUCUCAGUAUUUCCUCGGCGAAGAUACCAUAGGCGAAAACCGGGCAAGCGCAUGCGAGGCUUCCCUGGCACAACUGAAUCAGUACGUCCAGGUGAAAGCCCAUACGGAACCGCUGACCAAUGAUUUCCUGAAAAAAUUCACUGUACUGAUGCUAGAUCAAUAG